UGCCCCGCGGAGCCUCUGCUGGAGGCUCGCGGCGCUGCGUUGGUGUUGGCGUCGGCCCCGGCCCCGGCCCUGGCCCCGGAGGAUGCGGGGCGCCCAGGAUGCUGCCGCGCCUGUUAGUGCUGCUGGCGGCGCUCCUCAGCCUGCGUCUUCGAUCGGGAGCGCGAGGGAAAGAACUGCCCAGCCCUCCAUCUGUGUGGUUUGAAGCAGAGUUUUUCCACCACAUCCUCCACUGGAUGCCCAUCCAGAAUCAGUCUGACAGUACCUACUUUGAAGUGGAGCUCCUGAGGUAUGGAGAGGAGCACUGGGAGUCCAUCUCCAGCUGUAGCCAGACCCUGGUGCUGUCCUGUGAUCUCACCAUGGUGACCCUAGACCUGUACCGCAGCUCCGGGUACCGAGCCAAAGUCCGGGCAGUGGAUGGAAGAAAGCACUCCAACUGGACUAUCACCAGGACCCGCUUCUCCUUGGAUGAAGUGAAUUUGACUGUUGGCAGCGUGAAGCUAGAGACACACAAUGGCCUCAUCCUCGGACAGAUCCAGCUGCCUAGGCCCAAGAUGGCCCCUGAAGGUGACACAUAUGAAAGCAUCUUCCCAUACUUCCGCGAGUAUGAAAUUGCAAUUCGCAAGGUGCCAGGAAACUAUAAGCUCUCAAAGAAGGUAAAACAUGAAAACUUCAGCUUCCCAACCUCUGGCGAGAUGGGAGAGUUCUGUGUCCAAGUGAAACCGUCUGUGGACUCCCGUGUGAACAAGGGGAUAUGGUCCAAGGAGGCGUGCAUCGUGCUGUCCCAGCAGUAUUUCACCGUGACCAACCUCAGCAUCUUCUUCACCUUUGUCCUGCUACUCUGCGGAGUCCUGGCCUAUCACCUGGUCCUCCAGCUGUAUGUGCGGCGCCGGGGAACGCUGCCUGCCGUCCUGGUCUUCAAGAAGUCCAGUCCCUUCAACCUUAUCAGUCAGCUUCUCAGCCCAGAGAUCCAAGACACCAUCCAUCCCAUCAAUGAGGAGGCCUUCUCCAAGGUGUCCCUAGGGCUGAGGAACUCAGAGCUGCAUGGCAGCACAGACAGUGGCUUUGGCAGUGCCAAGCCAUCCUUGCAGACUGAAGAUCCCCAGUUCCUCCUCCCUGACCCUCAUCCCCAGGUCAGGGGAACUCUGGGAAAGGGAGCCGCCUUGGAACUUGAGAACAACUGCAGCGGUGGCAGCAGCAACAGCACGGAUAGUGGGAUCUGCUUGCAGGAGCCCAACCUGAGUCCGGGCAUGGUGCCCAGCUGGGAGCAGCAGGUGAGGAGCAGUAGCCAGGGCCAGGAUGACAGUGGCAUUGGCCUUGUACAAAACUCUGAAGGGAGGCCUGGGGAUGUACAAGACGGCUCAGCCUUGGGCCAUGUUAGUUCCCUGGGGCCUGAGGUGACUGAGGAAGAAGACCCAGCUGCGGUGGCAUUUCAGGGCUACCGAAAACAGACCAGAGACACAGAGGUGAAGGCAGCCAAGGCAGGCUGCCUGGAAGAAGAGUCCUCUUCAGCAGAUGGCUUUGGUCCCCCUGUCAGGAUGUGCCUGGAUGCCGAGGAAGCCUGGCCACCACCAGCCCUGGCCAAGGGCUAUUUGAAACAGGACCCCCCAGAAGUGACUCUUGCUCCCUCACAGGCCCCAGCUGGACAGUGGAACCACCCAACUGAGGAAUGGUCACUCCUCGGUUUGACCAGCUGUGGUCACCUAGGAACAUCCGACUGGAGCUUUGCCCAUGGUCGUGCCCCUCUGAACUGUGUGGCAGCCCCAGGCAGUCUUCUGGGCAGCUUUGACUCAGACCUGGUCACCCUGCCACUGAUUUCUACUCUGCAGUCCAGUGAGUGACUCAAGCUAAGGGACUGCUUUUGAUUUCCACCAUGCCCUGCAUGGACUAGAAGGAAGGACCCUAGGGGUCAGAAGUGAAGCAUGGUGUCAGUCUGGGCACCUUUCUGCAAGCCAGUGAGGUGCCGCAUAGGAGGAGGCCAUCUCGCUGCCAUCUCGCUGAUCAGCGCAGAGUGUGUGGGCAGCCUAUACUAUAGACGGGGCCCUGCCAACUCUGGCAGAGCUGGGAAGGGCAGGACAGAGACCUCCUCACUCCUCAGGACUCUUCCUAUAUAAUAAGGAGUAUUUGCUCAGUGGAAUUCAUGGGGUUUCUGGAGUUGUGGUGAGGCCACUGGGGUGAAGCCAGCUCAGAUGCAGGUCUCCCCCUGCCUCCUUAACCAGCUAUGUAUCAGGUCCUCCAGUGAGGUGGAGACUGGGAGGAUGCAGUCUUCAGGGGCUCAGAGCAGGGGUCAUUUCUAGGAGGAAAAGGAGGGAGCGAUGACCAAGUUUGAUCCCUCGAAGGGUCAACUGACCACCAACCAGAUUGGAAUGGGUCCUGUGGAGGAGCUUUCUCACUAUCAGCAUCCCCCACCACCCCAGGCAGGGAGCUUGUCAGGGAAGAUCUUACAGUAGUUCUACCCUGGUCAGCCAGUCAGUCAGGCAACUAUCAUUAUGGAGCCACAGGGGAAAAUAAGAGGAACUGAGGCCCAAAAGGAGGCCUCUGGCUCAGAACCCAUCCCCCUGGGGAUGUGUCCUGUGCUUACGCAGGCAUUUCCCUCUUUCCAGCAAAUAGAGCAGCAGCCCUCUGAGGUACUUGGAGUGGCCACACCACUCUCCGGCCCCAUCUUGCUGCUCCACCAUUUGCUAACAGUGCCAGAAAAACCAUGCGUGUUUUUGUUGGUCAGAACUCAGCCCUUCAGGCAGGGCUGCCUCGGGGUAGGGUUGUGACCUAAAUGUGUGUUUGCUGCUGACGUCCAGCCUUAGACCCAUGGGACAGGGCACUGGGCUACACCACUGGUGGUGUCUCAGUGUUCAGCUGCUUGACCUCGGACCAACCACUUCUCAGAGGGUCUCAGUUACCCCAUCUGUGAAAUAAACGUUUCUCCACACUGGAUGUUAGUGAAGCUUCCACCUGUGUCUGACCUGGCCUGGGAAGAAGUGUGCUGUGGAACCCCUGUCUGCACAGAGCCAGGUUCCUUCUCAUGCUGCAGCUAACACGUGGAGCAGAAGUCCCCAGCAUCCCACUAAAAGAGCUGUAGACACUAAGCCCCAAAAGGGGUGAGUGUGGGCCCAGCUUCCCCACCAUCAGUUUGGAAUAUGAAUUCAAAGCUGGUUUACAGUCCAUGGACAAGGAACUAGGAGGGGCGACGGGUCUGGGGCAUGCCCUCUUCCGUCUUCCCAUGGCCCUGCAUUUCUCUGUGCCAUUCUGAGAAUAAACAGGGGUUCUGGCCCAGGGAAUCCAGCCCAAACCCCUCCACUCUGCCGGCAAGCUCUAGAAGCCAGCAAGCUCUGGAGACCAGCCUGGUAACAACUCCCUCUGGAAACCUAGGCUUGAGGGAGGAUUCCUCAGGGUUCCCUAGGAAGGGUUAUUUAUUUAUUUAAUUUUAUUUAUUGAGAGGCAGAAUAGUACAGUGAAAGAAUUCUGGGUAUUUCAAGAGCCUAGAAAUUCCAGUUCAGACUCUACUGUUUCUAGUCGUGUGACAUUGGGAAAGUCACUCGUCCUCAUCUGUUUUCUCAUCUGUGAGACUAGAGAGCGAUGCCUAACUCAUUUCACUCCUAGGGGUGCGAGGUUCCACUGAGGAAGUAGACAUGAAUGUGCCUUGAACACAAAGCUCUGUAAAUGAGUGAUGUAUUUUUUUAUUCCAGUAGAUUGUCAGGACCAAAGGAAUCAUGUCAAAUCAGUCUGAUUUCUGAUGAUAUAGUAGCUGGUGGAGGAAUAAAGUUGUUGAUAAUUGGGGAUAAUAAUGAAUAAAAUGUGUGAUGUCACCCUAAGAACUGAGGACUCAGGUUCAAAUCAGACAGACUCAGGUACAAAGUUCUCAUGCCAACAUUUAUUGUCUAUGAUCUUGGGCAAAUUACUGAUCCUUUCUAAUUUCCAGUUUCCUCAUCUUUAUAAAGUAGGAAUAAUAAUUCCUCAUGGGGACGUCACGCAGUUUAAAUGAGAUCGCAUAUAAAGAGUUUCAUGCUGUGCCAGGCACAUGGUAGUCUGUGCGUAAAUAGCUGUCAUCGGCUUUUAAAGUUGAAAGGGAAAUGGACAAUUUUUCUUGGUGAAAAUGAAAUGUAAUGAAAAUAUAUCUAGUGAAAGCAUGUAUAAUAAUGGAACAUAAUGUAAAGUGUGUAAUGUAAUUAAAGAGAUUAUGAAAAUACAUGUAAGUAUGGAGGGGAUUCUCUCAUAAAAUG